GGGAUUCUAGUUGUCCCAGACUCUUCGAGGAAAAUGUGUAACGCCUGUUAAUUUAUUUACUUCCUCUUUCAUUUUCGCUGAUUCGAAGAUUUAAGGGAGCAGAAAAUCAUCAUGUAUCGGUCACAUAAUCCCAGUGCCCCAGGAAUGCAUAACAUAGGAAGUUUGCCAAGUGACAGCCAUGUGAGGGUUUCAUACAAAGACAACCCUGGAUUUUUUAAGCAAGUGCAGGAAAGCUUCUGUGCAUCUCUGUUUGGAAUUCUUCUUGUUAUUGUUUCAUUUCCUGUACUUUAUUGGAAUGAGGGAAGGGCUGUUCAAACAGCUCUAUCAUUGGAUGAGGGUCUGAGGCAAGUAGUCCAUAUUCAUUACAUUGACCAAGUUAGUCCUGAAUAUCAGGAUAAACUGGUUCACCUCUCUGGAAGUCUUCAAACAGACAGGGCGCUGAGUGAUUCAGACUAUGGCAUUGCAGUCAAAGCUGUCAAACUAAGACGAAAGGUUGAAAUGUAUCAAUGGGUGGAACAUAAACACACCAGGGAAUAUGAUGAAGGAGAACGAAAAAGAGUAGAAACAACCUUCUCGUACACUACCGAGUGGAGAGACAUCAUUGUCAGAAGUGAUAGUUUUGAUAACCCUGCUGGGCAUCAGAAUCCCAACACUAUGCCAGUACAGUCAUACACUAAAGAGGCAGACUCUGUGAGAGUUGGGGUAUUCAGUCUUUCUAAAGGGCUUAUUGGAAAAAUAGAUGCUUUCCAGCCAUUGAGUCCCCAUGAAGUUCCUCAAGGAAAGAUGAUGAAUAUCCAUAACGGGAUGUUUUAUCAUUCUACGGACCCAUUUUAUCCCAGAGUGGGAGAUGUGCGCGUCCAGUUUUCCUAUGCUGGGCUUAGUGGGAAGCCAGGUUCAGGUUUGGGAGACCCAAUGAAGGUUAGUAUUGUAGCUCGACAGCAAGGUGGAAGAUUAUCACAUUAUCACACAAGAUCUGGCGAUUCAUUGGAGCUCCUUUAUCCUGGAGAAAUGAGUGCUGAGGAGAUUUUUGAAGCCGAACAGUCCGCCAACACAGCUUUAACAUGGGUUUUAAGAGGAGUAGGCUGGGUCCUGAUGUUCCUUGGAUUUCAGAUGAUGACCAGUAUUGUUGUUGUACUGAUCUCCUGGUUGCCUGUUGUCCGUGAACUUGUGGGCCUGGGCCUGACGCUCUUGUGCCUAUGUCUUGCUACUUCACUGUCUCUGGUUACCAUAGCAAUUGGCUGGAUAGCUCAUCGACCAAUUCUGGGCAUGACAUUACUGGCGGCAGCUGCUGUUCCAAUACUGCUGUCCAGACGACGUGCACAAGCUCUCAAUCAAAGGAAACACUAAAAAGUUUAUUUAAAUGCGAACGUUAGGGAAGUCGUUUGUAGCGUCGUUAGUCACUGAACUAUGGGGUAUUAUUAUGAAGGACGAUAGACAGUGUGACUUCAAAAAGUAAAAUUUCUGUAUUGGUGUUCAUUAUUCAAACCUACACAGUUUAGGCCUCAAUAGUGUGAAAAUGAUAGAAAGUUACAUUUAGAUUCAAUGUUUUGGAUGUAAAAUGAUUAAAUUAGGUAAAAGCAAAGGCAACAAAGUGCUCUUUGCAGCUGUUGUUGGGUUUUUGGCAUACGGCAAAUUCUCUCCUCCAAGAAAGAGCACUUUGUCUGAAGAGUGUGAAGACAAAAUAGUUGAUGCGUAUGGGACAACACUAAUAUUUCAUGUCUUUGUUUGACAUGUUAAAAAAAGGAAAAUAAUAAAAACGUAAGCUACUAAAGGAGCAAUGGAACAAAGUAUAAAAACCAGUGACUGAGAUUGAAAAUUAA